GAGGAACCACAAGCCCUAGUACAACAACACCUAUUGGGGAGGAGGGCACCACAGCCAGCAAACCCAGCACUGGAGCUACAAGCCCAGGAACUUCAGGUACAACAGGAGAGUCUCUGGGAACAACCUCAGGAGCAGGCAGGGGCAACACAACUGGACAAUCGGGCACUGGGGCCACCAGCACUGGAAGCCCAACAGCAACAAAAGGAGGAGCUGAAGCAACAACCACUGUCUCUGCUGGCACCCCUGGAGCUCGAGGUGGCAGCACACCUGGAGAGGCAGAGACUGCAUCCACUGGUUCAGGUACUACUGGAACAUCAGUUGGCACAACAUCCAGAGCCUUAAACAAUGAAGUGACAUCAUCUGAAGGGAACUCAGGCUCUACUGGAACUUCAGUUCCCAUCACCUCCACAGCUGGAAGUGCAGGCACCACAGGAGGACUGAGCCCCAGCAUUACCAGUCCUGGUGGUACAUCAG